CCGGGUCCCUGCUGUUGCGGUGGUUUCUUUUCGUUUCCUGUUCCCUGUUUUCCCAAUUCACUUCUUGGUUUAUCAUCCAUACGCCCUCGCCUUGCGGAUAUGGAAAUUGGUGCUAUUAUUUUGGUAUGGAGAUUGUAAUACAAACUAGGAACCAUGAGUCGGCUACGAUCAGACACGCAUACGACUGUUAUGGAGUCAUCCAACAGAAGACCGAGCAUUUGGGCAGGUAGUUUACGACGUGAUCACAUUCGUCUUGAUGAUCUAGCAUCCGAUAGGAUCGAGGAGGGCCAACCGUACACAUCUUCAAAAUCAGGACCUUCUAGCGCCUCUAGACAAAAUUCAUUCGCCUGGCCUUUUCACGGUCGUAAUGCCUCGGAAGCAUAUUCAACAACGAGAUCGAGCCGCUUCACCUUUCGAACUUGGCAGCCCCGAACUUUCUUCCGUCCGCAUGAUGAUACGGCAAGCAUAGAUAGGAGUAUUGUCCCGGAUUACGUUGUUAACUUCCUGAGAGGAGAAACACCUGAGACAUUAGCAAGGAAAAAGGAACGAAGCAAAUGGGGUCAACGGGGUGUCGAAGUCACAACGCCACGCCGAGAUACGCAUACAUCACAUCCGAUUGAAUAUGGCCAUUAUUAUUCCUCAAGUACGGAUUUAACUCACGAUUUAAACACAUUUAGUAGUUGGAGUAGGCAAAGCGGCCUACGGAGACACAUUACCGGAUGGCGAGGUGGAGUCAUAUUCAACUCUUUAAUAUCGUUUAUAAUCUUACUCGUUGGAAUAAUAUGUUUAAUAUUGGUCAUCGCAAGGGCUAGACUUCUCUCUGGAGAAUCAGCUAUUUAUUCGGGUGGUUGCGCAACGGCCGAACGUAUCAACAUGGGAAUCCACGUUGUCAUUAACGCUUGCGGCAUUGCUAUUAUUGCCGGAGCAAAUUACGUCUUCCAAAUACUCUCAAGUCCGACGAGGCGAGAGUUGGCCGUUGCGCAUGGAAACAAGCGUUGGCUUGACAUCGGCAUACCCUCAUUGCGCAACUUCGCGCAUAUCUCGGGGUUUCGAACUGCACUCGCAAUCAUUGUAUUGUUGAGUGCAGUCGCUGCCCAAAUAAUAUAUAAUGCAGUAAUUUUCACGACUCGAAAUAUAGUCAACUACGAAGUAUUAUUCGUAACACAAUCGUUUCUCGACCACGCUCCUUUCAAUAACGACACAAAUACCAACGAGGGAGGACUCCCCGACUCUGAAAUAAUCAGCCUCCAAGACACGGCUGGUACUUUUACUAACAUGACUCCAACUACAUGCCUACAAGAAUUUAGUCGCAUUUUCCAACCUUCGUUUGAUGCCGUAUUACUCGUCACAACCACCGAUCCUACAACCACCUCUCUCAUCUACACUAGCCAGUCCGGCACUUCACUAACAACUUUCUCUUCAAAUAACAACGACAUCACAGCCCCGGAUGGCUCUUCAGUUCAAUACUGCCUUGCACGACCCAGUGCGCCAGAGACCUGCAGUGUCAAUCUUAGCGGCUCUAUACUCGGCAUCGCAGUACUCAUCAACCUCGCAACUGUCAUCACAAUGGCAGUUAUUCUAGCAAGGUCUUCUUUCGAACCUCUCGUGACUAUUGGCGACGCGAUCCGCUCAUUCCUCCGCCAUCCCGAUCCAACGACCGCCAACUCAUGCCUGCUGACGAAAGCUGACGUUCGCCAAGGGAACUGGGUAUCCAGUGAGGCGCAAUUCUUCGUCCCCACCAACCAUUACUGGUUCCAAACACCAUCGCUUCGUCGGUGGAUACUGCUUGCGUUCUCAUGGAUCGCAAUCGUAGUCCCAACAGCCGUAGCUUUUGGGCUAAUUGGAAAUCUGGACGAUGGUCUAACCCUCUUCGGUGUCGCGACGCCUCACCUGUCCUUCCUACUCCCCUCCGCAAUCGACAAGGCCCAAAUGGCACUCGUCCUUGCACUGCCACAACUCCUUAUCGCCGUCUUGUACCUCGUCACCAACGCCCACGUCACGACAUACUUCCUCUCGCACGAACUUUCGCAAUUCUCGCUCCGGUCCCAACCACUCCGCGUCUCCUCCAUCGCAGUCGGCGAACAAGAUACCAGCCUUUACCUAACCCUACCACGACCCGUAUCCUGGACUCUACUAGCUUGGUUCGCAACAAUGGGAUUCGUCCUCAGCCAAGCCGUAUUCCCUGGCGUAAUCUCAUACGCGACGAACCCGCCAGCCCCAGGAUCGCGACCUUCCGACGAUAUAAUAGCCGUCUCAUUCAGCACGCAAGCAAUUCUCACAUUACUAGCGCUCCUAGUAGCCCUCGCAAUCGGUGUCCUAGCCCUAGGCUUGAGACGCGCGGCAUCUGCAUCGCUUGCUAGCGGUGAGGGCAAGGGAAACCCACUCGUACUAAAAGGUGGAUCUUGCAGUGCCGUUAUUAGUGCAAAGUGCCAUCACCACGACGUAGUCCCGCCCGGACAAGCCCCGCAAGUAGAUGAAGGAGAUUUAUGGCUACGUUCAAUAACAUGGGGUGUUGUCGAGGAAGGUACCGGCAUGCGACCCGGCCGGUGCGGAUUUUCGGCGAAUAGCGUAGGGUGUGUUGAUGCGGGACGGAACUACGUCUAAGAACAUACUCACCUACGCCACUCAUUUUUCGGAAUAUUAUUAGGCAUGGUUCGGGUUCGGCAUAAUUCAUUUUUGGGAUCGGCGAUAGCGAGAGAGGGGACAUGGACCAGUCAUUACAUAUUUACAUACAUUAUACCCAACAGCGAGCGUUCGCAAUAGCGUGUUUUUCCUUAUUUAAAUAUUAUUGGUCUUGGAU